AUGGAACCGGUAGGACUGGCUGUCGGCGUCGUGGGCCUAGCCGGCCUCUUCAGCUCUUGCUUGGAAGCUGUUGAAAAGUUCGACUCGUACAAAAACUUUGGCCGCGAUUCACGUUCUCUAGCCACUCUGUUCGACGCCGACAAGCACCGCUUCGAGCAGUGGUGUCGCGCUGUCGGCAUCGAGAAAGGGAAGUUAUCCGACACGCACCACCCCGCUCUCGAUGAUGCGAAAAACAUGGCGAUAAUUCACAAACUCUUUGCCAGCAUCCGAGACUUUUGCAGCGGCGAAGAUGACGCCCUCAACCAGCAGCCCACCCCAGCAGACAGCAAAAUCUCAAAAGACGGUUUUCUCUCCACACGGCAAGGCCAGCUUCGCCAUGGCGCGCUUGUGGACUCGAAGUGGCGGAAGGCCGCUUGGGCACUAACCGGGAAAACAAAGCGCGCAGGCCACGUUCAGAUGUUUGCGACCCUGGUGCAGUAUCUGUACAGUGUGGUUCCUCCAGACGACACAAAGGGUACACCAUCAGGACAUGGAGCACCCGAAACAAAACGGGACCUGCGCGCUUGGCUUGGUUGCCCGUCCCCGAACGAUCUAUACGACGACUCCAUCCAGAAGCGGCUGGACGGCACAUGUGAGUGGAUACUGGCGCGGACAGAGUUUCGCCAGUGGCUUUCGCCCGAUGCUCCACCUGGUGCUUCGAAGCUGCUGUGGAUCAACGGCCCGGCGGGGUAUGGUAAGACGAUCCUUUGUGCCAAACUAGUCGAAGUUAUUUCAUCCACGCCUCAGACACCCACCGCGCAUUUCUUUUUAUCAUCCAAGUCCGAGGGCCGUGACGACCCAUUCUUAGCGAUACGGUCGUGGCUAGCAGCGAUAACAUUUCAAAACCAGGCUGCUUUGAAUGUGGUCCGGAAGAGACGCUUGGCACAGCAUGAACAGGCCGCAACGCGAGCAACCAUCAUCCGACUCUUCCGUGAGGUUGUCCAGACCGUUCCGUGCUGUACGUUCAUCUUGGAUGGGCUGGAUGAAUGCACUUGGGUGGGGGGAGGCCACAGCGGCAGCCACUCUGUGGCCCGCUUUCUUGAAGAGCUUAGGCAAGCGAUUGACGACACCACUGCUCGGGUUUUGGUGGUCAGCCGUAACGAGCCUGAAAUCCGGCAGGGGCUCAAGCGAUACUCGGGAUUCAGCGAAUACACGAUAUCACUGGAAGACGUAUCUGCUGACAACAUUGCCUACUCAAGAAGUAUCGUCGACAACAAGCUGUCCAACAAGGACGAAUCAAUAAGACUCAGCAUCUCCCAGAGAAUGGCCGAUCGCUGUCACGGCCAGUUCCAGUGGCUGAGAAUGCAAGAAGACUUCUUGAGGAAAUGGAGAAACCAGAAGCAGCUUGAAAGGGACAUCGACGAGACCCCAGCCGGGCUUGACCGUCUUUACGACCGCAACUGGGAACGAAUUGAGAGAUUGCAAGAUGUAAAAAGAACAAAGGCCUUCUCGUUGCUGCGAUGGGCCGCAUUUGCUCUGCGGCCCCUGACUGUCUGCGAGAUCACCGAAGCUGUGCUCAUCAAUGAGGACUGCGACGACCUGCCAGUCGACGAAUUGCCGGACUCUGUUGAUGAUGACUACAUCGAAAGCGAAAUCCUGGAUCUCUGUGGAUCCUUGAUAGAAGUACGAGGCACUUUAUCGGAAUCUCCGGCUGGAUCGAGGAAGAUACACCUAGCCCAUUUCUCGGUUAAGCAGUACCUGCUGUGUAAGAUCCCGUCUCGGGGGGCGGUCUUGUUUGCCAACGAAAGCUUGCGCGCCUCCAACGAAGUCACCGAGGGUGUCCUCCUAGCCAAGCUAUGUCUCCGCUACAUCGGUUUCCAACGAGUUUGGGACGGAACACUUCAUGAGGAAGAAGAUCGAAUCGGGAUGUCUUUCCGGAAUUACGCUGCGAAAUAUUGGCAUCAACAUACUGACGUCAGCAAUGUAAACGACGAGGCGUUAGUGAAAGCAAUGAACGCCCUCUUUGCCGGACGCGUUGAAACUUGGGACUCCUGGAGACAGUGGUUUGAUGUCCAUGGCGAGGAUUUGAAACCGGAAGCGACAGAAACAAUCUUACCGGCAAGCCCCUUAUACUAUGCUUCUUAUUUGGGGUUAACAGGGGUGGUGAGGUUUCUCAUUCAUCAUUGCAAGCAGGACCCGAAUGAAAAGGCAAAGUCGGGAAGAGCAGCCCUCGAAAUCGCAUGCGAAAAGGGAUACCAGGAAAUAGCGCAAAUGUUGCUUGAAGGGGGAGCAGACAUUGAUGUUGCUGGCCGUAGAGGACGAACACCGCUCUAUGCUGCAUCGAUGAACGGCCAUUUCGGCUUGGUUAAGAUGAUUCUCAAAAACGAAGGUAAUGUGACACUUAGGAAUACUCAUGGAUGGACGCCACUUAAUACGGCAUCAGACAGUGGCCAUCUCGAGGUGGUCAAACUGCUUCUCGACAAGGGAGCAGACAUCACAGUUGCUGAUAACGAUGGAUGGACGCCGCUUCACGCAGCAUCAGGCAGCGGCCAUCUCGAGGUGGUCAAGCUGCUUCUCGACAAGGGAGCAGACGUCACAGUUGCUGAUAACAACGGACGGACGCCGCUUCACGUAGCCUCAGGUAACGGCCAUCUUGAGGUGGUGAAGCUGCUUCUCGACAAGGGCGCAGACAUCACGGUCGCUGACAAGGACGGAUGGACGUCACUUAAAGCAGCCUCAAGUAACGGCCAUCUCGAGGUGGUCAAGCUACUUCUCGACAAGGGAGCAGACAUUACGAUUGCCAACAAGGACGGAUGGACGCCGCUCUAUCCAGCAUCAGACAGCGGCCAUCUCGAAGUGGUCAAGCUGCUUCUCGACAAGGGAGCAGACGUCAAGGUUGCUACGAAAGAUAACCGAUCACCCCUCUUAUGGGCGGCAAAAAAUGGACAUGAGGCCGUUGUCAACAUGCUGCUUGAUACAGCAGGAAAGCCCUCAAUUUUCGAGACAACAAAGGCUGUACGCCACUCAUGUGGGCACUCAAACGAUCCCAUCACAUGGUGGUGGAAGCACUCAGUCAGGAUGGGUGUUCAGUAG